GUUCGCGUUCCAAAAGCGCGUGUCCCUCGCCGCGUGCCGUCGUCCCCGCCGCCGCCGCCGCCGCCACAGCCCGCUGGGCCGAAGGAGGCGGAGCUGGCGCUGUCCCGGCUCUCUUGCGGGGAAGCAACUGAGGGGGCUGCGCGGCGGGCCCCGGCGGCCGAAGAGGCUGGCAGGUGGCGCCGUGGGGUGGGUGCUCCUGGUGAGAGGAGUCCACUCUAUGCGUGCGGGCGGAGGCCGGCCCCCGAGAGCCGCCGAGAUGAAGAAAGACGUGCGGAUCCUGCUGGUGGGAGAACCUAGAGUUGGGAAGACAUCACUGAUUAUGUCUCUAGUCAGUGAAGAAUUUCCAGAAGAGGUUCCUCCCCGGGCAGAAGAAAUCACCAUUCCAGCUGAUGUCACCCCAGAGAGAGUUCCAACACACAUUGUAGAUUACUCAGAAGCAGAACAGAGUGAUGAACAACUUCAUCAAGAAAUAUCUCAGGCUAAUGUCAUCUGUAUAGUGUAUGCCGUUAACAACAAGCAUUCUAUUGAUAAGGUAACAAGUCGAUGGAUUCCUCUCAUAAAUGAAAGAACAGACAAAGACAGCAGGCUGCCUUUAAUAUUGGUUGGGAACAAAUCUGAUCUGGUGGAAUAUAGUAGUAUGGAGACCAUCCUUCCUAUUAUGAACCAGUAUACAGAAAUAGAAACCUGUGUGGAGUGUUCAGCAAAAAACCUGAAGAACAUAUCAGAGCUCUUUUAUUACGCACAGAAAGCUGUUCUUCAUCCUACAGGGCCCCUGUACUGCCCAGAGGAGAAGGAGAUGAAACCAGCUUGUAUAAAAGCCCUUACUCGUAUAUUUAAAAUAUCUGAUCAAGAUAAUGAUGGUACUCUCAAUGAUGCUGAACUCAACUUCUUUCAGAGGAUUUGUUUCAACACUCCAUUAGCUCCUCAAGCUCUGGAGGAUGUCAAGAAUGUAGUCAGAAAACAUAUAAGUGAUGGUGUGGCUGACAGUGGGUUGACCCUGAAAGGUUUUCUCUUUUUACACACACUUUUUAUCCAGAGAGGGAGACACGAAACUACUUGGACUGUGCUUCGACGAUUUGGUUAUGAUGAUGACCUGGAUUUGACACCUGAAUAUUUGUUCCCCCUGCUGAAAAUACCUCCUGAUUGCACUACUGAAUUAAAUCAUCAUGCAUAUUUGUUUCUCCAAAGCACCUUUGACAAGCAUGAUUUGGAUAGAGACUGUGCUUUGUCACCUGAUGAGCUUAAAGAUUUAUUUAAAGUUUUCCCUUACAUACCUUGGGGGCCAGAUGUGAAUAACACCGUUUGUACCAAUGAAAGAGGCUGGAUAACCUACCAGGGAUUCCUUUCCCAGUGGACGCUUACGACUUAUUUAGAUGUACAGCGGUGCCUGGAGUAUUUGGGCUAUCUAGGCUAUUCAAUAUUGACUGAGCAAGAGUCUCAAGCUUCAGCUAUUACAGUGACAAGAGAUAAAAAGAUAGACCUGCAGAAAAAACAAACUCAAAGAAAUGUGUUCAGAUGUAAUGUAAUUGGAGUGAAAAACUGUGGGAAAAGUGGAGUUCUUCAGGCUCUUCUUGGAAGAAACUUAAUGAGGCAGAAGAAAAUUCGUGAAGAUCAUAAAUCCUACUAUGCGAUUAACACUGUUUAUGUAUAUGGACAAGAGAAAUACUUGUUGUUGCAUGAUAUCUCAGAAUCGGAAUUUCUAACUGAAGCUGAGAUCAUUUGUGAUGUUGUGUGCCUGGUAUAUGAUGUCAGCAAUCCCAAAUCCUUUGAAUACUGUGCCAGGAUUUUUAAGCAACACUUUAUGGACAGCAGAAUACCUUGCUUAAUCAUAGCUGCAAAGUCAGACCUGCAUGAAGUUAAACAAGAAUACAGUAUUUCACCUACUGAUUUCUGCAGGAAACACAAAAUGCCUCCACCACAAGCCUUCACUUGCAAUACUGCUGAUGCCCCCAGUAAGGAUAUCUUUGUUAAAUUGACAACAAUGGCCAUGUAUCCAGAGGAUCAUUACAGAGACAGACUCUCCCGAGACAUGGGCCACACUGAUAGAAUAGAGAAUUUGAGAAAAAUCUGGGUCUUUCUAAAAACUGCUUUCCAUGCCCGGUUACGCUGUAUGUGCACCUGCAACAGGUGUACAUUUUGCAUCUGUCAGAACUUCCUCAACUCAGACUUGCUGCAAUCUGUAAAGAACAAAAUCUUCACUGCAGUUCUUAACAGGCACGUGACACAAGCUGACCUCAAGAGCUCCACGUUUUGGCUUCGAGCAAGUUUUGGUGCUACUGUUUUUGCAGUUUUGGGCUUUGCUAUGUACAAAGCAUUAUUGAAACAGCGAUGAUAUAAAAAGAAAUACUGUCCCUACCAAAAACAAAUACUUUUAUGUACAUUCUGAAUGCUUUAAGUUCUGCUAGAAUUAUUGAGAUAUUUAUACAUGCAGAGUUACUUUAUUAAUAUUUGUAAUUCAUGCAUAAGAGUAUUUUAAUGAUAGUUAUAACUGCAGUAUUGGCUAGCAUAUGGAAAGAAAACAGCUAACAGCCAAACUAAAAUGGCUAAAUUCCAGAGGCCAAAAGGGAAUAUUUUGUAAAUAUAUGUACAUAUUCAGGCAGGAUAUGGUCUCCCAAGCUGAGUUCUAGAAAUGAUGUUUCUAGACAUUUCUAAAUGGUAUUGUUAGUGCUCACUUGGCUCACUCUUCUAGGUUUAAGUUAGCCCAGAGAUUGUAUUUACUCAUGGAUCACUUUAUUUAUUUCACAUUUACUCAGAAUGAUCCUUUGGGUUCUAUAAGGACAUAAGGUACAAUUUGCCAUUGUCUCUCCGUUUUUAAAAACAUACAAGUCAGUGUCAGCUUACCAACAUGACAUUUUUUCAGUCAGUUGUGGUAAGCCAGCCUUGAAGCCAUUGCACAGUCUAGAAACUUGUGUAGCUGAGUGUGCAGCUCACCUUUAAGGGUGAAGUGAGGUAAAAGCAAUUAGCAGAGGCGUUAUCUAUGUGAUUAUGUUGCUUCCUUGUCAGUAUGUUGAAUUUUAUAGCCCUUUCAAUGAAAUAAAAAAAAAAUUUGUAUAUUACCAAUGUUUUUAGUUUAAAUAAAGAGUCACCCUUACUACUGUUGAAUUUCAUCCCAAGUGUAAAUCAUUCUAUAAUGGCUGUGUCUGUUAUAGUAUAUUACAGUAACUGCAUGUGUCACCAAGUGUUCUAUAUCAGGCUAGGAUAACCUAGAGGCAGUAAUUUUUUAAAUGAUAAAAUAAAUCUAAUGAAUAUAAACUCUCAUGAUAAACCUAUUUUUUCCAUCAUCAGCCUUUUCAAGUAUUUAAAUAAAUAACUGCUGUGUACUGUGA